AUGAAAGCCACUCCGUUAAUCAUCAACUGGCACCACGAAAACAAUCCGUACCCCAUCUACUCUGCCCAUUUCGAACCCGGAGGCAAGGGCCGCUUAGCUACCGCCGCCGGAGACAACAAUCUAUGGAGAAUAGAGGAGGAUGGCGAGAAUCGUAGGGUCGAGUACCUGGCAACCCUGUCCAAACAUACACAAGCAGUCAACGUCGUUCGCUGGGCCCCCAAAGGUGAACUCCUUGCCUCUGCUGGAGAUGACGGCAAUGUCAUCUUGUGGGUUCCAUCAGACACUCACCACGCGACGUUCGGAAACGAAGGCCUCGAAGACAAGGAAACAUGGAGGACAAAGCACAUGUGCCGGUCCCUGGGCACAGAGAUAUAUGAUCUUGCCUGGUCCCCGGAUGCUGCCUUUUUCAUCAUCGGCAGCAUGGACAAUGUUGCGCGCAUCUAUAACGCUUCGACGGGCACACUCGUGCGCCAGAUUGCCGAACAUAGCCACUACGUCCAGGGCGUUACAUGGGAUCCUCUGAACGAGUACAUCGCGACACAAUCUUCCGAUCGAUCGGUACAUAUCUACUCGCUCAGGACCAAGGAUGGCCAGUAUACCCUCGCCAACAACCACGACGACAAGCCACCAAAGAUUGCCAGCCACGCCAAAACAGAUCUUCCUCCUCGCAGGAUAUCCUCACACAGCCCAGCUCCGCCCGAGUUCGGUAACCGGCAAGCUUUUACAUCCCUGGAUCCCAGUGCUGUUGCUGGAUCCCCAAACCCUUCCAUCCCGGGUACUCCCACUUCGAUGGCCCUGCCUAUGAACCCUCCCAGUGUCAUCAGCCAUAGCCGGAGAUCGUCGUUCUCGUCCAGGCGAUCAGUGUCACCCGCACCGUCCAUGCCUUUGCCAGCUGUUAUGCCUAUCGAAGCUUCUCCCAAACCGCACUCUUCAAGCUACGGCCUGGGCAUGAAGAAUGCGAGCCUUUAUGCUAAUGAGACUCUAACUUCAUUUUUCCGGAGACUGACCUUCACACCUGACGGAAGUCUGCUCCUGACACCUGCUGGUCAGUAUCAGACUCAGCAUCAGGUGGAUGGCGGGAAACCUUCGUACGAGGUCAUUAAUACGGUAUACAUAUACACGCGAGGUGGCAUCAACAAGCCACCCAUUGCCCAUUUACCCGGACACAAGAAGCCGUCUGUCGCCGUCAGAUGCUCCCCAAUCAUCUACACCUUGAGACAGUCACCGCCCGUCACCAAACACAUCACCAUUGAUACUUCAUCAGCCGAGGAGCCGAUACCUUCACUGCCUGAACCAUUAGCAAAGCCCUCAACAGCUCCGUCCGUGAUGGAGCCACCACCUCCUCCAGUGCCCACCGAAAGUUCGGUUUCAGGAUCGACGGAGGCUUCAGUGCAGAGCCCUGGACCGAAGUCGGCGUUCGCGCUCCCAUAUCGUAUGGUCUACGCUGUAGCCACCCAAGACUCAGUGCUUCUGUACGACACCCAGCAACACACACCUAUCUGCGUUGUGAGCAACUUGCACUGCGCCACUUUUACGGACCUUACCUGGUCGACUGAUGGUUUGACGCUGUUGAUAUCCUCGUCGGAUGGGUUCUGUUCCACCCUGUCCUUUUUGCCUGGAGAGUUGGCUGCUUCCUUCGUGAACCCGCCGCCCCCUUCACCGGCACGAUCCAACUCGACUAGUUCUGCCAUUACUCAAGCUUCUACAUCACAGGGCGGGGUUAUGAGCAACCCACCGCUUAUUUCUGGCCAAGUGCCAAGCAUCACCGCCACCAAUUCGGGCAAGGUUACGGGCUUGCCCGUUGUGACCCCUCCUGAGACGCCGCAGAGUUCGAGCGGUGGUGCUGGCUCCACUAGCUUGAAGAGGGAGUCAAGCGAUUCUCGCGAGGCGAAUAACGCGGAGAAUAGCCAACAACCCAAACGGAGACGCAUCGCGCCUACCUUGGUCAGCGGAGGGGCAUCGUCUACGACUAACGGGUCCAGUAACAGCGACGUGGCUAAAGCGUAGGUCGCUAGGCGGUUGUUGUCGCAAGGAUCUAGCACAACCCACGGAUCCUUUCACAAAUAGAUAUCUUUGACGUGUGCUGAGACAAGACAUAUUUGUGGUUUCUCGUCGAAUGGAAGAUAGGAAAGCAUGCAAGAGGAGGAGAACGGACAGGGGUGAUGUCUUGAGGGUUUGAGGUUUUGGUCCUAUAACUUUGAUGUUUCGCUGCCCAGUGUGAGAGAACUUGCCCCUUGGGCUCUU